GAGUUCUUUGGGUGUUGCAUAAGUCAUCGGACGAAAGCAGCCUGCAAAGGUUCAGGACUUCCUGAAUGGCAGUUGGGGGCCGUGGACGGCGAGUCGGCGACCAAGCGCAAGGGGGACUGGCACGGGGGGACGGAAGCACAUCAGCCGUGUCCGGCACCACGGCACAAUAGGCGCUUCCUGUAUAUAUACCUGCGAUAUAAGCCCUGUUCAACUGUUCUAUUUAUUUACGUGAUCCUGGACCUGCCGAGCUGCGUCUGUUUGAAUCAUUGAAUAUCAAAACCUUUCUUGUUCUGUGACGUAGCCACAGUCUGAAUUUUUGGUGGCAAAAUAUACUGCAAUUUAAAUUUGAGACAUGGCUAGAACCGUUUUGGUUUGACAGCCAGCGCGACCUUCGCAGCAUUCAACAGACAGACUUCUCACCUGGUAGCCCAGUGAAAGGCUGAAAUGAAACCUUCUAACACCAGGCGAAGCACCAGCCUGCUGCGCGGCUCCUCAAGAGCCCGGCAGCGGUCGUCAACGCCAUCGUCCAGGCGCCUUUCGGACUUGACAGAAAGGCCCGCAUGGGAUGCUACCUCGUCUAACCUGGACAAGCUGAAGCUUAGCGCUGAGGAGCUGGAGCGGCGCAAGGCGUCUCGAGUGUCAAAGCACCGCCCGGUGCCCUCAGCCGCGGACACCAAACACGACUUCGUAGCGGCAUGGGCGAGGACGUCUUCCGCAAGCACCCUCCGUCCCGACCCAGAUGCGGAGCGGGACCAGGACACAGCUCGCACCCCUCAAGCCGAGCCAAUGGGAAGGCCGCUGCCCGCCAUUGACUACGGCAGCGUUGUCGAAUCGCUGCGGCGCUCGCCGGCCGCGGGCCGGGCCACCGCGUUGGCCAGUGGGCCGCGCCAGGAUGUAGACGAGAGCCGCCACAGUAAGGACGCGGCUGGAUCCCAGAGCAUGAACGGGGCUGCUGGCGGUGCAACGCGCACGCCGGCAGACACAGCGUCGCUCGACGUUACGCUAGCACCUGCAGCUACGCCCAGUGGCCAGGAUAGCCCGGCCACCAUCGGCUUCCCACAACGGCCGACCGCGUCUCAGCAUGCCUUUGGCGUUGGCGCGCACGACGUUGGCAGUGGGCUGCACCGCACAGGACACGUCGACAUCAUCCCCGCAGCCUUGCGGCCAAGGUUCCACGCGGCGGACACAACCACCAUCAUCUCUUGCAGCGAUCGGGAGGACGAGCAGGAGGACGAGGGAGCCGAGGAGCCCUCUCCGUCCGCUGACGCCUGUGACACCAUGACGGCGGCGUUUGAGGAGGCCCUCUUCGGCCAGCAGCUCGUGCCUACUGCAGCCGCCAAUGCCAAUGCUGUGCGAGGGGCCUGGCCGUCUGCGGCGCCAAUCAGCCAUGCUUCGGAUGACGUGGAGCGGCGGCUGCGGGCGCUGGAGGCCUGCAUCGCCAGCACCAGCAGCGACGUCAGUGUCGCCGAGGUGGCAGAGCUGCGCGGCGAGCUCCGGAAGGUGCAGCUGGACAACGCCAAGCUGCGACAGGAGCUGGCAACCUUUUCCACACACGCCAGCGCGCUGCUGACGCAGCUGCAGGCGCAAGUGCAGCAGCUGCUGCGCGGAUCCGGUGGCGGCGGCGGUGGCGCCACAGCAUCCACGUCCGCCUCCUUGGCGUCUCAGGCUCGACCGCAGGGCCUGGCCCAGCAAGCGCCCCCACUGGUGGCCGUUGCUUCUGUCAGCAGCAUAACCAGCCAGCCCGCAACUGCACCUCAGUACUCGCAGCAACAACUUCCAACCUUUGCGCGGCGCAACAUUUUUACGGACAUACCCGAUGUCCCCUCGCUCCGGCCGGCAAGCAUGGGCGGGGACGUCCUACGCGGCGGAGGGGGACCGGUCAUCGGGCUGGCGGCGGAUAGCGGCACCCGUAUCGCAGGGGCGGCAGUUGCCACAGCUGCGUCACCUCGCCCAGCUGCCAUGACGCCGGGCAGCUCGGGGCCGAGCGCAGCGCCAGCGCCGUACGCCCCGCGCCCAGUACCGUUGAACAAUGUGGAGGACGCGGAUGUUGCCCUACCCUCAUUUGCAAUGUUCAGGCGCUCCACCGGCGCGGCUGCAUUCACAGCAUCCCGGCCAACGCCAGCACCUUCGACAGCGUACGACGCCUCCGCUGCUCAGUCUCCGCUUGCCGGUGCCUAUGGUGCGGCUAUGCCGGUGGCAGCGGGAUUGGGCUCCGAUGCAGCAGCCUCCACCUCCAUUGCGCAGCGCAGCUUCCCCAGCGCCUUCCAGCCGCGGAACCUCAGCGGUACCGUUGCUCGGGCCGGCCCCAGCACGGCCCCCGGCGGUGCCAUGCUGACUGGCGAGCAGCGGGGCGGGGCUACCGCGGCAGGCAUGUUCGCCGCGGCAAUGGCGGCUGAGGCGGCAUCUGCGGCGUCCGGCGGGGCAUACGCCGCGGCGCUGGCCGCCAGCGCCGCUAGCGCAGCCGCCACCGGCUCCGGGCCGGCCGCUGUGGAGCUGGCGCGCUCGCACGCGGGGCUGCCGCAGCCGCUGGUGUUCAGCGUUGGGCAGGAAUUCCGGUCGGUACGAGCAAGCGGCCUGGCGGCGCACGACAGCAUGUCGCUCAGCGCGCAUGUGGCAGCGGCUGCAGCGGCACGGGGCAAGUCCUCGUUUGCGCGUUGAUCAUUUCCUCCGGUCCUGGCAGUGUUUAGCGAGAUCAUUUAAGGUGUGGAGCACGGUAGACGAGUGUGACAGCGAUACUGCACGACCAACGCAGCCAACGCCAGGGUUGCCGGAGAGGCUAAUUCAGACGCGGUGUUUGCAUGGUCGCGUGUUGGACAAACACAUCUUACGGUAGUGUGACAAGUGUCUGUCAUGGGAAUGCAGCAUUCACGAGGCGAGUCUGCUGCGACACAGCCCGCCAAGGGAAGGCGGUACUGAGGAGGGCUAUCAUUCUCGGAAGCACGGGGCCUGGUGUAACUGGAUUGCUGC